AUGGAGAGCGGCGACCGGGACAUGUACCGCCAGUUUCAAGACUGGUGUCUCAGGACUUACGGGGACUCGGGAAAAACCAAGACGGUGACCCGUAAAAAAUACGACCGGAUCGUCCAGCUCCUGAACGGCUCCGAGUCGAGCUCCACGGAUAAUGCCAAAUUCAAAUUCUGGGUCAAAUCUAAAGGCUUCCAGCUCGGCAACUCGGACGAGGUCAGUGGUGGUGCUGGAGGAGGGAAGCAAGUGCUGUACGUGCCAGUCAAAACCACGGAUGGAGUAGGUGUAGAUGAGAAGCUGUCUUUACGGCGGGUAGCCGUGGUAGAAGAUUUCUUUGACAUUAUCUAUUCCAUGCAUGUUGAAACUGGGCCUAAUGGAGAACAAAUCAGAAAACAUGCUGGACAAAAGAGAACGUAUAAAGCAAUUUCAGAGACCUAUGCCUUCCUACCGAGAGAAGCGGUGACACGAUUUCUAAUGAGCUGCUCAGAGUGCCAGAAAAGAAUGCAUUUAAACCCAGAUGGAGCAGAUCAUAAAGAUAACGGAAAACCUCCAACUUUGGUGACCAGUAUGAUUGAUUACAACAUGCCAAUUACUAUGGCUUAUAUGAAACACAUGAAGCUGCAGCUGCUAAAUUCACAGCAAGAUGAGGAUGAAAGCUCUAUAGAAAGUGAUGAGUUUGAUAUGAGUGACUCAACUAGGAUGUCAGCUGUGAACUCCGACCUCAGCUCAAAUCUGGAAGAGAGAAUGCAAAGUCCUCAGAACCUCCAGGGCCAGCAGGAUGAUGAUUCAGCCGCAGAGAGUUUUAAUGGCAAUGAGACCGUGGGACACAGUUCCAAUGCUUCAGGGGGAACACACUGCAGGGAGAUGGCAGAAACCAACAGUAAUGGCAAAACAAAUCUGGAGCAGGAUGAGCAGCCUCUGAACCUGAGUGACAGUCCCCUCUCUGCUCAGCUGACUUCAGAAUACAGACUAGAUGAUCACAGCAGUAAUGGAAAGAACAAAUACAAGACUCUCCUAAUUUCUGAUCUCAAGAUGGAACGGGAGGCAAGAGAAAAUGGAAGCAAGUCCCCUGCACAUAGCUAUUCAAGCUAUGACUCUGGCAAGAAUGAGAGUGUAGGCAGAGGUGCUGAAGAUCUGUCUCUGAAUCGAGGAGAUGAGGAUGAGGAUGACCAUGAUGAGCAGGAAGAUCCUGAGAAGGUUAAUGAAUCAGAUGGGGUAGAAGCUGAGCGACUGAAAGCUUUUAACAUGUUUGUCAGGCUGUUUGUAGAUGAAAACUUGGACCGAAUGGUCCCAAUCUCUAAGCAGCCCAAAGAAAAGAUCCAGGCUAUCAUUGACUCAUGCAGGCGACAAUUCCCUGAGUAUCAAGAGCGUGCCAGAAAACGCAUACGUACUUACCUCAAGUCCUGCAGGCGGAUGAAAAGAAGUGGUUUUGAGAUGUCACGACCUAUUCCCUCACACCUUACUUCAGCAGUUGCAGAGAGUAUCCUGGCUUCCGCCUGUGAGAGUGAAAGCAGAAAUGCUGCAAAAAGGAUGCGGUUGGAUAGACAGCAGGAUGAGGCUGCUCCAGCUGACAAACAGUACAAACAGGAGCCAGCCCAGGUCACUUACUCAACAUCAGCUGUUUCCAGCACACAGGAGGUGUUGUACAUCAAUGGAAAUGGGACCUACAGUUACCAUAGUUACAGAGGGCUCGGAGGUGGGCUGCUAAAUCUCAACGAUGCUUCUAGCAGUGGUCCGACGGAUCUCAGUAUGAAGAGGCAGUUAGCAACCAGCUCUGGAUCCUCCAGUAGUUCAAGCUCUAGACCCCAGCUGAGUCCAACUGAAAUAAAUGCAGUGAGGCAGCUUGUGGCAGGGUAUCGAGAAUCGGCCGCAUUUUUAUUGCGUUCUGCAGAUGAACUGGAAAACCUUAUUUUGCAGCAGAACUGA